AUGGCCCCAAACGGUCCCCGCGAUCCCUACGCCGGACCAGAAGAUGGACCAGAGAAGCCGUUUCCGAUAAGGCUUCAAGGGCCAGUCAUCCAUGGGUUUGGACGCGGUAGUAAAGAGCUCGGCAUCCCAACCGCCAACAUCCCACCUUCAGGUCUUUCGGCCUACCCUGAUCUGGCGUCCGGCGUGUACUACGGGUUCGUGGGGUUGUCUCUCGCGCCGUCAUCAUCGUCGUCGCCGUCGAAAGACGGCACCCCUUCGUCGACAUCGGCUUCGUCCGCGACGUCUUCGUCGUCCCCGUCGCCGUCGCCGCUGAUCUACCCGGCCGUGCUGAGCAUAGGGUACAACCCUUUCUACAAGAACACCAUGCGCAGCGUCGAGAUCCACAUCCUACACGACUUCGACUUCGACUUUUACGGCGCCGCGCUGAACCUGCUGAUGUUGGCGUUUAUCCGGCCCGAGUACGACUACACGAGUCUCGAGGCCUUGGUGGAAGAUAUCAAGACCGAUUGUGAAGUCGCCAGACGGAGCUUACAACGUGAAGCGUACGAAAAGUUCAAGGGUGAUCCGUGGUUGCAGGAUUUCGAAUGGAUGAAAACCACGAAUACGGACGAGAUAGAGAAGGAAGUUUUGAAGAAAAAGGAAGCAAAGGCUUGA